AUGUGCUUUGGACGAGUGCCGCGAGCUGGAAGUUGCGAGACCAGCGAGAACUCCGACGACAGCUGUCGAAAGGAAGACGAGGGGAUCGUGGAGCCCUCGGGGAGACCCUAUCCCGCGGGGAUGGGCAUGCUUCUGCCGGACGAGACGUACGAGGAACGCUCCUCGUCCUCGAGACGCAGCUCCUGCCCGAACGUUCUCGCGGACAUCGACGAGGUCGAGGCCGCCAAGGCUCUGGCAGCGUUCAGAAAGUGCGACGAGUUCCUCAAGAGGCACGGGAUCAGGCCGGAGUUCUUUUGCAGGCACAGGGAACGUUUGGCGUUGCAGACCUGGCUGUUGCAGAGGUCCAAGCUCUCCUCCGAUGCCUCGUCCUCGAACGAAGCCGUGCACCUACAGCAGCGUCUCAGGAGCCUGAGCACGGAACUGGUGACCCUGAGGAACCGGCUGCACGUGAGCCAACCGCCGAACAAUUCAGGGCCGAACGGCGGCUCGUCGGCGCCCCUGUCGAAGAGCCCGGAAAAGGGCGGCGUGCCGUCCUCCCCCGCGCCCGCUGUGCCACCCAGGACCACGCUACCAUUGGCCGCCACGUUGCCUCACGGCCUCGGUCAUCCUUCGGGGCACACGUUGACAGCGUCCGCGAUCGUUCAUCCGCACGCGAAUCACGCCGGCGCGAACACGCUCGGCCACAACUCGACCGCAGCUAAUAAUUUUAUAUCCGACUUGGAUUCACCGAAACGCCACAAUGGGAUACCAGACGACGGUAUCGUGUCCUGCGUGACGGCUCUGGGCUGUUUGCGUUCGCCGCCGAUCUCCAGCAUCAUAGCCGACGUGAAGAACGCGAAGAGUAACCAAGGGCAGCAUCGAUGUCUCCCGAAAGGCGCCACGACCAAUUCCGGGCCGACGAGCUCCACGGCCUUGGACGACCUCAUUCAUCUACCAGGACCACUGACGGAAGAUGCGGUGCUCAAGUGCCUGCAAGCUCGAUUCUGCGCCAAACAGUAUCACACGAACGUGGGUCCCAUUCUAGUCUGUAUCAACCCUUACACGGACGUGGGGAAUCCACUGACCUUGACGAGUACCAGGACGGUACCGUUGGCGCCUCAGUUGAACAAAGUCGUCCAAGAGGCCGUGCGACAGCAGUCGGAGACCGGCUACCCACAGGCCAUAAUUCUUUCCGGAACAAGCGGCUCGGGGAAGACGUACGCCUCCAUGCUGUUGCUCAGGCAGCUGUUCGACGUUGCGGGAGGUGGCCCAGAAACCGACGCCUUUAAACAUUUGGCGGCAGCCUUCACGGUUCUCAGAUCACUGGGAUCUGCGAAGACCGCUACCAAUUCGGAGAGUUCUAGGAUAGGUCACUUCAUCGAGGUCCAGGUAACGGACGGGGCGUUGUACAGAACGAAGAUACAUUGUUACUUCUUGGACCAGACGCGAGUCAUCAGGCCCCUGCCCGACGAGAAGAACUACCACAUAUUUUACCAAAUGCUGGCCGGCCUGUCGCACGAGGAACGAGUCAAACUUAAUUUGGAGGGUUACAAUUUGAAGAACCUGAGGUACCUUCAGCAGGGCGACACCAGGCAGGACGAAGCCGAGGAUGCCGUCAGGUUUCAAGCGUGGAAGGCUUGUUUGGGAGUCCUGGGUAUACCUUUUCUGGACGUGGUGAGAGUCCUGGCGGCGGUGCUGAUUCUGGGCAACGUGGGUUUCACGGAUCGCCCGGGUGUGGAGGUAGGCGUGAUAGGUGAGAACGAGUUGGCCUCUGUGGCAGCCCUUCUUGGCGUCCCACCGCCAGCCUUGCUGAGAGGGCUCACGUCGAGGACCCACAACGCUCGUGGACAACUGGUCAAGUCCGUCUGCGACGCGAAUAUGUCUAACAUGACCAGGGACUCGCUGGCGAAAGCGCUCUACUGCCGCACCGUGGCUACAAUCGUGAGGAGAGCCAACAGCUUGAAGAGAUUAGGCUCCACCCUCGGCACGCUCUCGUCCGAUUCGAACGAGUCCGUUCACAAUCAGGCCGAGGUGACCAGUCAGCAUGCCUCGACUAUCGGGAGUUCUGCAGGUGGCACCGGUUCGAGAAGUAUGACCGCGCUGAAUAAUGCCGUGAGACAUGCGACGGACGGGUUCAUCGGCAUCCUGGACAUGUUCGGGUUCGAGGAUCCGAAGCCCAGCCAACUGGAGCACCUGUGCAUCAACCUCUGCGCGGAGACGAUGCAACAUUUCUACAACACCCACAUAUUCAAAAGCUCGAUCGAGAGCUGCCGCGACGAGGGUAUCCGGUGCGACGUGGAGGUCGACUACGUCGACAAUGUGCCAUGCAUCGAUCUCAUUUCCUCCCUGCGCACCGGGUUGCUGAGCAUGCUGGAUGUCGAGUGCUCGAUACGCGGCACCGCCGAGAGCUACGUGGCUAAAGUGAAGGUACAGCACAAACAGAAUCCCCGAUUGUUCGAGCCUAGGACCGUCGACUGCAGAUCCUUCGGGAUUCAGCAUUUUGCAGGCAGAGUCAUUUACGACGCUUCGGAUUUUCUGGAUACGAACAAGGACGUGGUGCCCGACGACCUGGUGGCCGUGUUCUACAAGCACACGUGCAGCUUCGGUUUCGCCACCCAUUUGUUCGGCAGCGAACUGAAGGCUCUCUACGCGAGCGACACCGUGCCCAGGGGUGUCAGCUUCAGGAUAUCCCCGACGUCUCACACCGACCUUUUGAACGGGGACGAACCGAUCUCCACGUUGACUCAGGACUUCCACACGAGGCUGGAUAAUCUCUUGAGAACUCUGGUCCACGCCAGGCCACACUUUGUCAGGUGCAUUAGAAGCAACGGCACAGAAACCCCGCUGCACCUAGACAGAGGCGUGACUAUGCGUCAGAUACGAUCCCUUCAAGUUCUCGAAACCGUAAAUCUAAUGGCCGGAGGCUAUCCUCAUAGAAUGCGGUUUAAGGCGUUCAACGCGAGGUACAGGCUGAUCGCGCCCUUCAAACAGCUACGCCGAGCCGAGGAGCAAGCGGUGGAGGACACGAAGCUCAUCCUCCAGAAUGCUCAACAAUUGAAGAGCAAAUUCGGCGCGAGUACUAGUUGGGCGCUAGGAAAGAGACACAUCUUCCUCAGCGAGGGUAUCAGGCAGCAGCUGGAGAACCUGCGAGCGGAAAUGCGAAGGAGGGCUGCCACCGCGAUACAGGCCACGUGGAGAGGAUGGAGGGUGCGAAGAAGAUGGCCUCUGAGGAAGACCACGAUAGGCGUGACUUCCGGAAUGGGCCAAAAGAAGCCCCAGCAGCCGACUUCGAACACCGGUACCGUUCAAAGGAGCGUGACGACAGCCACGGGGACCGGAAGCGGAACGCGACCGAGGCCUCAGCCGAUCGCUGGUACGCCGCCACCGGAUCCCUCGGAGAAGUGUGCGGAUCAGAAGAUGAUCCAGCAGACCUGCACCCUCUUUGGGUUGGAUUUGGAACGACCACCCCCUGUUCCUCCCAGCAGGUCCUACACCGUGACAGGAAACACGAAGUUGGGCUAUCCGCAGACGAGGAUCAUGAAGAUGCCUUUUCCGGAGGAGGGCGAAGGAGAGGUGGUCCUGCUGAAAGGUGAGACCGUCCUGGUCGUAGGGGCAUCCCCGAGACGUGGUCACCUGUUGGUGGAGCACAACAACACCACGUUGCACGUGCCCUAUCAGUUCAUGGAGCUGAAGCCCUGUAAUAUUAACGUUUGAACGCGUUAUUUAUUCCGUGUUUGUUGAUUAAUCGAACGACGCCGUUCCAUUUGCUCGCGAGUUGAGCCUGGACAAGAAAAAAAUGAAUCCGGUGAUCGAGAGUUGUGACGCGAAUCGCGACGAUUUUUCUCUCGUUGCUUCGGUUCCAGCGAUAUCAGUGAACAUACGUAAAAUUUAGUCGACAUCGCGUUACCUAAACCGUCGACGCCGAAAAAGGCACCGAUGAAAAUCAUACCGCGUCGGAUCGGGACGGGAAGGGUGUCUAGGUCGUUCCAAAGGACACCGAACAUUGUUCUUUAAUUAAUUACGGCAGUUAAGCGAGUUUAACGCGGAAGUAGCUUAUCGCUCGCUUGAGAAGCGCCCGCACAAGCUCAACGGCGACGUUCAACCGUGUUUCCUCCGUCGUGCGCGGCGUCGUCCUCGUCGAACCACGUUCGUCUUCCAUGUAGAUAAGUACGCCCACGUCGACGUACGUUUUCGAAUUAGUAAGCAUGUUAGCCGUUAGAUACCUUCGAGCCGCUACCGGUUCGCCUCGAGAAACAGAGACCCUGGACCGUGUACGCUAACGUGGUCCUCUACGUGUAAUUUACAAAUUCUGUUUGUCUCACCCUGUAGAACAGUUCUUACGCAUUAACCCUUCCAGACCUGAAUUAUUUCUUUUUUCGUAAUACAAUGUUUAAGGUUACCUCGGGCUAAAAUUAGUAUGGAAAAAAUAAAAAAGAAAUUCUAAUAGCGUAGUUUUCGAGGAAAACUGGUCUUUUUUCAUGUGCACAAAUGAGGACAUUUAACGACAGUGUCCGGUAAUUUUUAAAUUUUGUGUUCUCAAUUGUGGACGUCAGUUCUGAAAGGGUUAGAAAAUAAUUGUUUGUGAACGCUUAAAAAUAAAUGCUCGGAGAAGCUGCGAUAAUUUUAUUACAAUUAUUCUAGAUCUUCUUUCAUUUUAAUUUUAUGUACAGUAGGUGUAGAAUGUAUUCGUACACCGAACAAUUUCCCAAAAAAACUUUUCUGUGAAAUUGUAGUCUCUUAACUCUUAACUUCUUUUUUUAUAAUC